AUGGUAGUGAGGUUUCAUUUAAGUAAGCAACUUUCUAAUCGUGAGUUCGAGUCCUUUUACAACCUCAUGUACAAACAUGUUCUUUUGCAGAGCAAAAGCUGCAACACGGCUUCAAAACGCGACGCAAAGUCGGCUCCUUCCAGGCUCGUGAACCGAGAUGGCAAACUGCAGAUCUGUCUGGACCAGCUCAGCCUUGACACCCGCCGCCGCUACCUCAAGAACCCGUUCAAUACCGUGCUGGAUUUGAAAUGGAGAUGGACGAUUGUGAUAUUCUCCGUCGGCUUCAUCUCGACCUGGCUUUUCUUCGCGAUCGUUUAUUAUCUUCUAGCACUUAUUCACGGCGAUUUAUCAGGGGACCGGAAAGAAAACGAAAUUCCAUGUCUCCAAAACGUGAAAAGUUUUUCAUCAGCGUUUCUCUUCUCAUUGGAGACGCAGCACACAAUUGGCUACGGUUACCGUAACCCUUCCUCAGAGUGCAGUGGUGCGGUAUUCGUGGUAUAUAUUCAGUUUAUCGUCGGCAUCGCUGUCCAGUGCGUGACUGCGGGCAUUAUAGUGGCCAAACUGCAAACGGGGAAGCGGACCCAUAAUGCAAUUAUGUUCAGUGAGCUAGCGUGCGUGGGAAUCUGCAACAACAGCGUGUGCCUCAUGGUUCGAAUUGGGAAUGCAGGUCCCUCCGAGCUGGUAAACGUCAAGGGGUCCGGUGUAAUCAUAGAGCGACUGAAACUCGAGGAAUCCGGAGACUCGAAUACGGAAGCACUGUCGGAAACUGUGGUGGAGUUCGUGUCAGACAGCGGAAGCAGCAACAUCAAUCUACUGUGGCCAGCGGUGAUCCAUUGUCAAAUAAAAGAAAACGCUAAACAGAUGAUUAAAAGGCUACAGAGUGUACGCACCGAGCUGAUAGUCGUUCUCGAGGGUGUUUUCGACUCCACGGGGCGCAACGUCCAACUGAGGCGAUCCUUUCUCCCGCACGAAAUCGAAAUUGGGAAGCAGUUCGUCGACAUCAGUCCGCAGUUAGUGAAAAAUCAACAGACGAACGCAUAUUGUCACACGGUGGAUAUCGACGGUUUCGACGCCAUUCAGACUGAUAAGCUAUGGGAGCGGUUGAUUUCUUCGUCUGGCAAUGACUGA